CUCUCUCUCUAUCACUCUCUCUCUCUCUCCAAAUUUCUUCUACGCACUUCCGAUCUUGGCAAACCAACCUCCUUCCGACCAUUGACCCGACCGCGCACAUACCUCCGCCAGAGAGAGAGAGAGAGAGAGAGAGAGAGAGAGAGAGAGAGAGAGACAAUGACCACCUCCUUGCUCGCUUCUCUCUCCUCCGUCGCGCCCCACCUCUUCUCCAUCCUCGCCCUCCUCGCCCUCCUCGAGCAGGUCUCCUACAUCCUCAAGAAGCGCUCCCUCCCCGGCCCGCCCCUCGUCCUCCCCUUCCUCGGCGGCGCCGCCCGCCUCGUCGCCGACCCGGCCGGCUUCUGGGACCGGCAGUCCCGCCUCGCCGCCGCGUCCCCGCUCGGCGUCUCCGCCAACUACGUCAUCGGCCGCUUCAUCCUCUUCGUCCGGGACACCGAGCUGUCCCACCGGGUGUUCGCCAACGUCCGCCCCGACGCGUUCCACCUCGUCGGCCACCCCUUUGGCAGGAAGCUCUUCGGGGAGCACAACCUGAUUUACAUGAUGGGCCAGGAGCACAAGGACCUCCGCCGCCGCAUCGCCCCCAACUUCACCCCCAAGGCCCUCUGCACCUACACCUCCCUCCAGCAGAUCAUAAUUCUCAAGCAUCUCGAGAAAUGGGUCGAUCUCUCGUCGCCCCCGGCGGCGGCGGGCCAGCCGCCGAAGGCCAUCGCGCUCCGGCUGCUCGCCCGUGACAUGAACCUCGAGACCUCCCAGACUGUCUUUGCAGGGCCGUACUUGAGCCGAGAAGAACGCGAGAGGUUCGACGUGGACUACAACCUGUUCAACGUGGGGCUGAUGAAGCUGCCCUUCGACCUGCCCGGGUUCGCGUUCCGGAAGGCGAGGCUCGCCGUGGACCGGCUUGUGGAGACGCUGGCGGGCUGUGCGGGGAAGAGCAAGGAGAGGAUGGAGAGAGGGGAGGAACCAUGCUGCCUGAUCGACUUCUGGAUGCAGGAGACGGCGAGGGAGGUCGGCGCGGCGAGGGAGGCGGGGGAAGCGGCUCCCCCGCCGCACUCGGGGGACCGGGAGAUCGGCGGCCACCUCUUCGACUUCUUGUUUGCGGCUCAGGACGCGUCCACUUCGUCGCUGCUGUGGGCCGUCGCGCUCCUUGACUCGCAUCCGCAGGUUCUUGCCAAGGUGCGCGACGAGGUCGCCGGAAUCUGGUCACCGGAUUCGGACGGGUUGAUCACCAGCGACCAGCUGAGGCAGAUGAAGUACACGGAGGCGGUGGCGCGCGAGGUGGUGCGGUACCGUGCCCCGGCGACAAUGGUCCCUCACAUCGCCAGCGAGGAGUUCCCGCUGACCGACUCAUACACGAUCCCAAAGGGCACCAUCGUCUUUCCUUCGGUGUUCGAGUCCUCUUUUCAAGGGUUCACCGAGCCGAACCGCUUCGACCCGGAUCGGUUCUCGGAGGAGCGCCGAGAGGACCAGGUCUACAAGAGGAACUUCCUGGCCUUCGGGGCCGGUCCCCACCAGUGCGUGGGCCAGAGGUACGCGCUGAACCACCUGAUGCUCUUCCUCGCGAUGUUCACGACGCUGGUCGACUUCCGGCGGGACCGGACGGACGGCUGCGACGACAUCACGUACGUCCCCACCAUCUGCCCUAGGGACGACUGCCGGGUCUUCCUGUCCGCGCGAUGCGCCCGAUUCCCUCAGCUCUCCCUACACUGAAUCCCCCGAGGGCAGGAAAGGUCGAAAAUGGCCCCCCCACCCCACCUUUGCCGGAUCGUUAUAAAGAAAGCAUCGUGACUCGUGGGUGGUACAGUGAUAUGGUGGACUUCUCGAGGGUGUUUCAGUCAAAUGAAGCUCAUUUCUUUUUUUCUUUUCUUUUAUUAAUUUUUCUCUUUUUUUUUUAAAAUUUUUUUUCUUAAUUUAAGGUUUAUAAAUCUCGUCUUCAAAAUCUGUGGGCACGUAUGUACAGACAUUGCAGUGACAGAUAGGAUUCUUUUGGAGGGGAGUGCGUGGUGGGCAUUGAUUGGAGUUGAA